CGGGUUCCGGCGCCGUUCCGCGGGAGGGGCGGGGCUUCGCGGCCGCCGGCCCUGGGCCCGAACAGCUUAGCGCGCAGAACUGGGCGAGGGAACCGACUCGGUGGGAUGGAGGCGGGCGGCGUGGCAGACUCUGUCCUUUCCGGUGCCUGCGUGCUCUUCACCCUGGGCAUGUUCUCCACUGGCCUCUCGGACCUCAGGCACAUGCAGAGGACACGGAGCGUGGACAGCAUCCAGUUCCUGCCUUUUCUCACCACGGAUGUCAACAACCUGGGCUGGCUGAGUUAUGGAGUCUUGAAGGGAGAUGGGACCCUCAUCAUCGUCAAUGCCGUGGGGGCUGUGCUUCAGACUCUUUAUAUCCUGGCAUAUCUGCACUACAGUCCUCAGAAGCAUGCUGUGCUCCUGCAGACCGCAGCCCUGCUAGGGGUCCUGCUCCUGGGUUAUGGCUACUUUUGGCUUCUGGUGCCAGACCUUGAGGCCCGGCUCCAGCAGCUAGGCCUCUUCUGCAGCGUCUUUACCAUCAGCAUGUACCUCUCACCACUGGCUGACCUGGCCAAGAUCAUUCAGACUAAAUCAACCCAGCGUCUCUCUUUCUCGCUCACCAUUGCCACCCUCCUUUCCUCCACCUCCUGGUCCAUCUAUGGGUUUCGACUCAGAGACCCUUACAUCACGGUACCCAACCUCCCAGGAAUCCUCACCAGCUUGAUCCGCCUUGGGCUUUUCUGCAAGUACCCCCCAGAGCACGACAGAAAAUACCACCGACUUCUGCAGACCUGACCACAGCCGCCUUAGGGCCAACGUGAUACCAAAAAGAGCUCUUGUUUCUGCUGGUCCUCCUGACCAAUUCCGUGGAUGCAAUGGGUUGUAAGAAAAAAGCUGAUUUUGAAAAUAGAGGGAUCAAGGAAAGACCUUUACGUAGAUCGGAUGGGACCUAUGGGAUGAAAUCACAUUUUUUAAAUAGAUGAUCUUUUCUCAUUUUGGAGGCUGAGGUGGUAUCUUUAGAAUGUGCCCUAAAAUAAACUGUUCCCUGCCCCUGCC